GGUCAAGGUCGACAAAGCUACAGCGGGAGCAAAUGGAAAGCGUGAGAGAUAAUGAUUUUGUCUGCAUCGAAUAUCCUGCAGUGAUUGAGAAUAUUGAUAAAGCUUUGAAGACUCUUGGAGGAGAGGAGAACAUUUCUAAGACAUUUGAAGAUCCUGGCAAAAGACUACCCCUACGUUGGCGACCAGAUGAAUUCUACUGUAAACCUGCUUAUGCUGACAGAUGUGAUACAACAAACCUGCUUCUCAAAGUCCAGAAAUGGAGAAGGAAGAAGAAAAAUGGAAGAACUGGUAAAGGAAUGCAGGGUGACAAACUGACAGGUGACAGAGAUGUCAAGUACCACUCAGAAGUACUGGGGCGUGUUAGUACCACAUACAAAUUUCAGAGUCAAGCAGACAUCCAGUUUCUACCAAUGCAGAAAACUGAUGAUGGAAGCUACAAGUCUCUCAUUCCUGAUAUCAUGAUCACCAAACCUGUGCCUUCCUCUGAAUUGCUACAAAAAGAAGGCAUUCCAAUGUUUUUACCACCGCAAGUCUUCAGUCGCCUAGAUCAGCCUACAGAUUACUAUUACAGACAGAAACAGAAGAAGACUGAUUUAGAGUUUCAUGAUGCAAUAGAAAAGAAAGAUAUUAUUGGUGUUGCAAGGAAAAGAAGGAUAGCCUACACCAUCUUUAAGAGCUAUCAUGAUCCAAUACCCACAGAGCCGAUGGCAGGGAUAGAGAAAACUGAACCCAUUAUCAAGCUGGGUCUAACUGACCUGCUGGAGAAAGUAAAAGAGAUGUUUACCACAGAGCGUGUAAUUUGGUCGAAAAGUGCCAUUUCACAUCACUUGUAUGGGGUUCCACAUGCACAUCGCCGUCUCAAGCAUGUGCUGCCGCGUGUGGCAUACUACAUCACGACAGGACCCUGGCGCAGCUUGUGGGUCAAAUUGGGGUUCGAUCCCAGGAAGGACCCCAAUGCUCGUCAUUUUCAGAUGGUGGAUUUCAGGGUGCGCCAGGGAAUAUAUGUGAAGAAUCCAUCACUCGUGUAUAAGAGAAGUUCAAUGAACUAUAAGCUGCUGACCAGUGUAUCUAAAACAAAACCCCAGGCCUCUACAAUACAGGUCUCUGAUACUGCAGGGGAGGAUAUGCAAGAAGCUUACAGGAAUGAGAAUGUGUGCAAGAUCCGUCCAGGGAUUAUACCUCCCUAUCAUCAGAUGUUCUAUCAGGUGUGUGAUAUCGAGGUGAAAGCAGUGCAGGAUCUGUUGAAAGUCAACAUCUCUGAAGUUUGCACAGAACGUGAUGGUUGGUUUACAGAGGGAACGAUAGAUGAAGUGCGUGACCUGCUUAAUGAUUGUGUCAAGCAAUCAUUCCAAGAAUGGCAGAAAAAGAAUCCCACAGCUGCUGGAAAUGAUGACACCACAGAUUUCAAUUCAAGCCAGUUAGAAGACGAAGACUUUGCGAAUGAAAGUCAAGACAUUCAGGGAAUGGAGGAGGAAUAUGAAGAAGAGGAUAUGGAUAGAGAUAUUAGUGAAACUGAAUUAAUGGAUUUAUUAGAACAUGGGACCCAAGACAACAUAGGUGAUGGAUGAUGGCAGUCUUUUGAUGAAGUGUUAAAGAUACAAAAAGAAAAAAAACUGCACUGCUGGCAAGAGUUGAAUGUAUGGUAGCUGUUGUUUGUGCUCAUCAACAUCAUUAUAUGUAGAAUAAAGCAUAUGAAUUUAUUUUUCAAAUA